CUCAUGACGGCUACGAAAACUCUUGUUGCUGAGUUACAUUAAAAAUAAAGCAAUAUAACAGAUAGGCCUAUGUGGGAUUUUUCUCUGUCGACUAAAUGUGUGUACAGUGUACAGUUCUGAACGGGGUAUUUAAUCGAUUAAUGUAUUCGACUGCUUGUUUUUCCAUUGGUUUACACGUUUUAUCGGGCUCGGUUCGUUUCUUCGCCUGCGCUUCGGCUUCAAGGUUCCUAUAUUUUGACACCAGUCCAAAGCGCCGCGUAUUCCCGGAACAACAGACCAAGACAGAGACCCAAAGAAUACGCAAAAUAGGGGUGUGCGUGUGAGAGCGUGGUGCACGGAAGGCAAUAGCGAGUGUACAGGGGCAGCGAGCUGUAGGAUUUUUUUUACGCCGCGAUACCGCAGCGAUGAAUAAAUAAAUAAUGACAUAGUAAAACUCGAAUAGGCAGACAGGUCGUUCCUGCUCCGCUUCCACACUCCAAGUGGACUACGCAUGUGAAAUAUCGGUUUCAAAUCACACGGACGUGGACCGCAUAACCGUUUUCGUAAUGCGGGCGUGAAUUAUAUACACUAGUACAGGGGAAAGACGGGGAGGGGAGUGGAGGGUCUAUCCUGAUUGCACUCCACUAUACGUCUCCGCCCGACUGAAGGGGGAGAGAAGCAGAGGCAGGUAUGUCGAACCGAAAACACCGGGACAACCAAGAGAUAUGCGCCCGCAAGGUCCGGGAGCUCGCCCAGUCUGGAGUCAACAAGCAUUGCUUCGAGUGCAAUCAACCCGGGGUGACUUACAUCGAUAUCACCGUAGGCUGCUUCGUGUGCACGUCGUGUUCAGGAAUGCUGAGAGGACUCAACCCUCCCCACAGAGUCAAGUCCAUCUCUAUGACAACCUUCUCCCAACAGGAAGUGGAGUUUCUGCAAAACCAUGGCAACGAGGUGGGGAAGAGGACAUGGCUGUGUGCGUUCGACCCCAAGACCGAUGGCUGUUUUGAUGCUCGGGAUGCCCAGCGGCUGAAAGAGUUCCUCCAGGACAAAUACGAAAAGAAGAAAUGGCAUUUUUCGAAGAAUAAGAAUCGGAGGGAAGCAGAGGGGCCGUGGAGCCCGGGGGCACAGGCCCCGCCUCCCACUCAGAGCGCUGCCCACGCCCUGCCCACCUCCGCACGCCCCACUCGGACACUGUCGCAAUCCCAGCUGUCGUCCUGGGACAGAGCGCCCCCUGUCUCCCCGGCUGACCUUCGCACGGAUGUCUUCACCGCUCGCCCUUCUCGCUCCCAGAGUUUCCGAGACCCUCCCAUCAAAGACUCUAUGCUGAGUGGGCUGGAGAGGCAGCGGCCAGGCAUGGGACCCCAAAGCCACACCCCUUCUUUUCCUGCUUUGCCCCGCCCCUCAGCCAGUAGCACUUUUAAAAACAGCUUCACCUUAGGUCGAGCUGCCUCCGCUGUCGGUGGCCCCGCCCCCUUCAGGGCCUUUCCCAAGUCUUUGAGUGUUGAUUUCGGGGGCCUGAGCCAGCACUCUGCGACCAGCCCCAUCCCACCUGCUCCAGCCACGCAGGACAAAUACGCGGCCCUGUCACAGCUGGACAGCGUCUUCUCUGAUACAUCACCGGGGACAGCACCAUCUGGUGGUCCACCACAAUAUAGCACCCUCUUUGGCAACAAAGUGUCCUCAAGCUCUACCCCUGCCAGUUCUCCUGGUCUCACAGAUCCGGUUUCCAGCCCCCAAACCUUUCCAACUUUCCCCAAUCCGUUUAACACCACUGCCAGCUCGCAGUCCUCCAUUUCUCCCAGCAACCCCUUCACCAGCACGGCAGCAGCAGGUGACUCCGGCAAAUUUGGCUCCUCCCCCUCUGCUGUCUUCCCCCAAUCGGCAAGCUUUCCUGCGCCCGGCGCCCAGGGCGCUUUUCUGCAUCAGCCAACCGGCAGCCAGGAAGCUAAUGGUUUUGCCUCUUUCCCGGCACCAGAAUCAACGCCCAGGGCGGCUGCUCCCGUGUCCGUCAACCCCUUCACUGGGACCGUGUAUCCGAGCAGAGGGACAUCACGAAACCCUUUCAUCUGAUACCAAUGCCUACCCCUGCUCCCCCUCCUCGCCCCUCUUCCCCACCCCCACCGUCGUCCCUCCCAUCCAUCUUACAGGUGGGUGGAGGGAUUUUAGCUGCCAUCUCAACACUUUUUGGGUGACUCGCCGCACCCCCGGCCUAAUCGGACAGGACUGCCCCAGGACUGGGUGACACAGGAGUACAUGGGCUCUGCGGGUGUCAUUUCUGGACCACCCCCC